CUUUAUGUUGCUCAACAUUCAUCAAAAAGAAAAACAACAAUUUUGUUAAAGAUCAGCAUUUUAAAAUUGAAAAACAAUUUUCUAAAUAAAAGAAAAAUUUUUAAAACAAAUAACAAUGCCGAAAAGACGAGCAAAUAAUGAAAUUCAACUAGCCCGUGGAAGAUUGUUGGGAAUUUUACAAGAUCUAGCUGAAUUGGAUGAUGAUUACGAUGAAAAUGAUAAAAUUAACAUGCCUCUACGAGGGAGACCUCCAAAGCGCGUCAAGCAAGACAAGUCUGAAAACGCGACUUCUGUACAUGAGAGCUUUGUUAUGAAACUUUUUGAUCGAAGCUUGGAUCUAGCAAAAUUUCAAGAAAAUACAGCUUUGUAUGCAGUUUGUCGUGCAUGGAACAUAAAUAGGCCAAGAGCAAACAGCGUCGAUUGCGAGGUAAGAAAUCGAUGCCUAGAACCUCCUAAAAGAGAAAAAAUGCUAGAGUUAACCGAAAACAUAUUGAAAAAUGAAAUAGGAUUGAUAACAGCAAUGCCAGCACCAAAAGACAAAAUUGAUGAAGAUAGAGAGGUUAAGGAAAAAAAAAUCAUUGAGGAUAUUGUAAUUGUUUUUUUGAAUACAUUCAACAAAAGAAGAACUUUUGAAAGCGCAUAAAGUUGAAUGGAAAAAAAAGAAAGAAGAUUGGAUGGAAAAAACAAAAGAAAGACAUAACAGAUACGCAUUGAGUUUUCAAUUAUUAAAUGCUAUAAAAGAAAUGUAGCCAAUGUGAAGACUCAAUGAAAAAAGAAAAUUGUGACAUAUGCAGUAUACUGGUAUACUUUUAUUUAAGAAAUUAAAAAUAAAUUUAACAUUCUACAUUAUAUAUUUUAUUUGAAUCUUAUAUCUUACAACGUAUUUAAAAAAAGGGUUUGUUAAUUGUUUUUAAAUAAAAAUUAAGGAAUUGCCAAUA